AUGUCGAAAAUAUUCCUCAUUGGAGCAACAGGCCAUAUUGGCGGCGCGGUUUUAGAUCUCGUCUACCCAAAGUAUCCAAAUGCAGAGAUUAAAGCACUGGUACGAGAUGAGAAGAAAGGCGAAGUACUCGUGGGUAAGUACCCGCGAGUAAAAGUUGUCAUUGGGGAUUUCAAGACUUUGGAUAUCUUGACCAGAGAAGCCAAAGAAGCGGAUCUUGUCAUCAAUGCCGGCCCCGACCACGAAGAAGACAUAGCUAUCACAGCUAUUCUUGCGGGAUUAGCAAAUCACUCCCCAAAAACAUAUUACAUCCACACAUCUGGAGCAGCACUCGUCUGGGAUUCCCCCGAUGGAACCCAACCUGGCACAAAAAUCUGGGAUGAUGUCAUCGACAUUCAAGGAUUGAAAUCGUUCCCAUCAACUACCGUCCACGCCACCACUGAUGCCCUCGUUUUUGCUGCUGCCCCCGACACAAACGUCGCGAUAAUAUCCCCCACCGUCGUCUACGGGCUCUCCCCAUCUUCUAUCCACCCCACCCCCAUCACCCUCCCCCCACUCAUUGACGUUCUCACCAAGCUCAACUCCGGAUUCACCCUCAAUACAGGCGUAAAUGUUCAAGGCUACAUCCACGUUCUCGACCUCGCUCAGAUAUACCUCUUGCUCAUUGACGAUGCGCUCAAAAAUCCAUCGUCAGCCGACCCUAAGAAAUGGGGCCCGGAAUCCUACUACUUUGGCGCUUCCGAAGAUCUUUCUUUCAAGGAGUAUAUGACGUACCUGGUAUCGCAUCUCUCUGCUGCGCCAUAUAAUCUCAUCCAGGAUUCAAUCAAGCAAUUGGCGUUGCCGGAUGCGAUUGAAGUGGUGGGUCUUUUGAGUGCGUAUUAUUUUGGAACGUAUGUGAGGGUUGCGUCUACGAGGGCUAAGGAUGUAUUGGGGUGGGUAGCGAAAGAGAAAUUGGUUGGGGAGGGAUUGGGUGAGGUGCUUGCGAUUUAUUUUAAGGGGAAGAAUGGUGGGGUCUGA